AUGUCGACUGCGGUGGAGGAAAGGUCGACGGCGAGUAAGCUGCGAGCGCCGCUCGCGGCGGGCGCGCUCGGAUUGGCCGCGGUGACGCUCGGUGGACCGGCGAGCGCGGCGGCGGCCGCGGUGCCGGCGAUCGUCGCCGCGGACACGUGCUGGAUUUUGAUUUCCAGCGCAUUGGUGCUCUUCAUGACCAUUCCGGGUCUCGCGGCGUUCUACGCCGGUCUGGUGCGACGCACGAACACGCUCAGCGUUCUGAUUCAGUGCUUCGCACUCACUGCGCACAUGUCUGCGCUGUGGUUCCUGUGUGGAUAUUCCCUGUCCUUCAGCACGGUCGGGAUGAAGGAGGGCGUUGUUGGUUUGGCGUCCUUCAUCGGCGGUCUAGACAAAGUGGCGCUCGCCGGGGUAUCCAUGUCCUCCGUCGCGGGUACGAUCCCGGAAGCGCUCUGGGUUUUGUAUCAAAUGACGUUUGCGAUUAUCACGCCGGCACUCAUGAUCGGCUCGCUCGUUGAGCGCAUGAAGUUUAACUCUGUGAUGUGGUUCUCCACGCUUUGGAUGUUCGCCGUUUACUUCCCGGCGUGCCAUAUGGUUUGGGGCGGCGCCGGCGGAUAUUUCGCGGACAUGGGCGUCCUUGACUUCGCCGGUGGCAUUGUCGUACACAUUACCGCCGGUAUCGGUGCGCUCGUUGCCGCCAUGUACCUUGGACCGCGCAAGGAGGCGAAGAUCCAUCAAGGCAACUUGGUGCUCACAUUCCUCGGUACCGCCAUGUUGUGGGUGGGCUGGUUCGGUUUCAACGGUGGUUCCGCCGGUGCGGCGUCUGCCGGUGCCGCUUUCGCUUGCCUCGCGACGCAGCUCUCUGCGUCCGUUGCCGCCAUCGCUUGGACGGCUCUCGACGUGAUUGAGAACGGCAAGGUGUCCGUCCUCGGUACGUGCACGGCGUCCAUUGCCGGUCUUGCGGCCAUCACCCCGGCCGCCGGUUUCAUCGGCCCUGUCGGUGCUUGCUUGAUGGGUCUUGCCUCUGCUAUCGUGUGCCGAUUCUUCUCCACCAAUGUCAAGGAGUACUUCGGCUAUGAUGAUGCCCUUGAUGUCUUCGGAGUUCACGGUAUCGGCGGCUUUUUGGGCACCGUCAUGCUCGGUAUCCUCUGCCACCCGUUCUUCGGCGGAUUCAACGACGUUCCGAUGAUGAAGCAAACCGCCGUGCAAAUGUUCGCCGCCGUUGCUACUGCAGUGUACACCGCUGGCGCCUCUUGGGCAUGCCUCAAGGCGACGGACAUUAUCACGAACGGCAUCCGCGUCCCGGCUGAAGCGGAAGAGAUGGGCCUCGACGUGUAUUCUCACGGCGAGACCGCGUACUCUCCGAUGCCGCGAUAA